GCCCCGUGUGUGGAGGGGCACCUGUUCCCAUUUCAGUCUCGCCUCUACUAUGUUGCAUUUUCAGCAUCUUUUCUGAUAGCUGUUGCAAAUGAAAAUGGAGGAAAUGACUUUGUCGGGCCUGGAUAACAGCAAGUUAGAAGCUUUGGCUCAUGAUAUUUAUACUGACUUGAUUGAUGAUGCUUGUCUGGGCUUGUGCUUUGAGGUACACCGGGCGGUCAAAUGUGGAUACUUCUUUCUGGAUGAUACAGACCCUGAUAGUAUGAAGGACUUUGAAAUUGUGGAUCAACCAGGCCUGGAUAUUUUUGGCCAGGUCUAUAACCAGUGGAAGACUAAGGAAUGUGUGUGCCCAAACUGUAGCCGAAGCAUUGCUGCCUCCCGCUUUGCCCCACAUUUGGAGAAGUGCCUUGGUAUGGGUCGGAAUAGCAGCCGUAUUGCCAAUAGGAGGAUAGCAAGUAGUAAUAACAUGAACAAAUCUGAGAGUGAUCAAGAGGACAACGAUGACAUAAAUGAUAAUGACUGGUCAUAUGGAUCUGAAAAGAAAGCAAAGAAGAGGAAAUCGGAUAAGAAUCCCAAUUCUCCCCGAAGAUCCAAAUCCCUGAAACAUAAAAAUGGGGAGCUGAGUGGUAACCCAGACCCAUUUAAGUAUAACAAUUCUGCUGGAAUCAACUAUGAAACUCUGGGUCCUGAGGAGCUCCGUAGUUUGCUAACUACACAAUGUGGGGUGAUCUCUGAACAUACCAAGAAGAUGUGUACACGGUCUCUUCGCUGCCCCCAGCACACUGAUGAACAGCGGAGGUCAGUCAGGAUCUACCUCCUAGGAUCCUCUGCCUCACUUCCUGAAACAGAAAGCAGUGUGGAAAAUGAUAGCUUUGAUGUGGCAGAAAGUCAAGCCCUCAUGAGCCGGCUUCAAUGGGAUGGUUCUUCAGAUAUCUCUCCCUCUGAUUCAGCUUCAUCAAAAGCAAGUACAAACAACUCUGAAUCCCGAAAAACCAAAAAGAAGAAACCACACAUGAGCCUGGUAGGAGGUGCUCCAGGAAUGAGCUCCAGUAAAAAGAAACUGAAGCCUAAACCACUUGCCCCUCCUACUCCCAGCCUCUAUGAUGACAUAAAUUGAAUAAUACUAGGAUGAGAAAAACAGGGAGGGCCCCCGGAAUCUGUUCUGGUUUCUUUCUAACCCAGAUUUGGGGACAGAUCUGGCUGGUAUCCUCUCAAGUGGUCCCUUGCGGACACCCUUUACAAGAAUGUGGAGAGAGAUGGCUGCAUGUGUCCACUGCCCUUCUCUCAAGCCUCCUACAUAGAUAGCAUAGCCCUGUGCCCACCAGAUAUAUAAUAAAAGACUAGGAUUGCUUUGGGAAGAGUGGGCUCCCACCACUUCUGGGGAAAAGGGAUAGUGGUGGUUUGAGGCGGGCCUUAAAGAUGGAUAGUACUUCCAUCAAUCAGGAAGGAAUUGAUCUCUCUCCUUC